AUGGAGACGUUUCAACAACGCUUCUUUGGGGAGCCGGAGCCGGUAUCACUGAGCCCAGAGCAAUUAGAGCAGUUGCGAGAUUUCAAGAUCCAGACUCGCAUCGCAAAUGAAAAGUACUUGAGGACCCACAAAGAGGUGUCGCUGCUCAUUAGCGGCUUCUUCAGAGAAAUGUUUCUGAAAAGACCAGACAACAUCCUUGAAUUUGCUGCGCACUAUUUCACAGAUCCAAGACUUCCCCACAAGAUUCACAUGCAGCUAAUUAAAGACAAGAAAGGAGUCUAAUUAGCAAAGCCACAACGCUCAGCUGCUGGGAGAAGCCAGAAGGAAUCCAGCCUCGGGGUCAUCUGGAGGCCUGGGAGCCCUGUUGCCAUCAGUCUGGGUCUCCAAGUUGUGUGGGCCUCUUCCUCCCACAGAGGUUUUCAGAGAUGCUCAUUAAAUCCAGACCCGCCCGCUCUCUCUCUUACCUUCAUUUGGCCAGAGGAGGAGGAGGAAGAGGAGGAGGGCGCCAUGGAGAGGAGGGUGCAGUGUGUGGGGCCUGCUGUUCUUGCCUUUCUCCUUUUCUCCCUGAGGUGGCCUGGGGUUGGGAGUGGCAGGAACUGUUCGCUCCAGCCAGAAGGACAGACGGUGAGAACUCAAGAGGGGCCAUGAAUAUUGUAAAACAUACACCUGACAGGCCUCUGGGGAGGGGGAGGACUUUGUUCUUGGGAGCUCUAGGAGCAAGCUGGUCAUCUAUUUGAUAUCUGGAUAAGAGACAGCAAGACAGCUCAGGUGGUGGCAUGAAGCCCUUUGCACAGUUAGC